AUGCGUUAUCAAGCAACAAGUGUACAACGACAUUUUGAAAUGUUUACUAUCACCAAAAGACAAAAAUUUGCCUUAGUCAAAAUUACUAGUAUCGAUAUUGUUGCUUGUGUAAAAUCAAAAAAGCCAAUUUGUGUUUAUGAAGCUUUUUACGAUACUCUAACUGAAGCACACAAUACGAUUUCACAUGGUGGUCGUGAAAAGACCACUUUUGAAUUAAACUCUCAACAUUCAUGGAUUCCUCGAUUUUGUAUUGAUUUAUUUUUGAAACAAUGUAUUGUGUGUCAAACACGAAAGCUAAUAAAACAACAAGUUCCAUCAAAACCAAUUAUUUCUUUAGGUGUGAUGACACGUCUUCAAAUAGACUUGAUUGACAUGAGAACAAGACCCGAUAAAAUAUCACCAGAUCUUAUUUAUUGUUGGAUUUUAAACUGUAUAGACCAUUUCAGUAAAUUCUCAUGGUCAUUUCCAUUGAAAAACAAAUCAGCUACUGAAGUUGCUAUUAAGUUGCGUGAACUGUUCUUUGUUUUCGGACCACCUCGAUUGCUUCAUAGUGAUAAUGGUCGUGAAUUUGUAUCAACGGUUAUUAUGGAAUUAAAAAAUCUUUUUCCAGAUUUGCACUUUAUUCGAGGAAGACCGAGACAUCCACAAAGCCAAGGAUGUAUCGAAAGAGCAAACGGGGUUUUGUGUGAUGCUCUCGAUAAAUGGAUGUCCACUAAUAAUUCUUCUAGUUGGUCUAAUGGUUUAUUGCCUGUAGUUUACGGGAUUAAUACCAGAAUGUCUACUGUUACCAAAACAACCCCGUAUGAAGUGAUGUUUGGACAAACACCUCGUUCUGAUUCCGAUUAUUGGAAGUUGGUUAGUAAAAAUGGAAUUGAUGAUGAAAAUGAUUUACCAACUCCUGUUGCUGUAUCAACAGAUUAUUUAAAUGAUGGUAAAAGUGAUACGUUAAUUAAUGUUGAUGAAGAUCUUGAUCUAGAAGUAAUUGAACUCGUCAAAAAACUAUCUGAUGAUAUUGUUUCUUCAUUAAAUGCUGAACCAUCAAUAUCAUCAUCAGUUACAUCACAAAAACACGAUAUCAUUCGAAAAACUGCUACAGAUCAUUAUCUGGCAACUGCUAAUAAAAAGAUGAAAUUGUAUCAAAAUGGUUGA